AUGGCCAUGCUAUUCAAUUCAGACACUCUAUUUCCUAGCACCUUAACCUACGAAACCGAUACCAUUCCGACUCCUUGUCGCUUUGUGUCGGUUCAAGUCGACUUUGCUUCCGUCGAUGCACGCCAAUCACAUCGCUACUGCUCUCUCCCCGUCUACUUCGACAGCUCCGGCCAGAGCCACAAAUUCAACAAAGUCAUCAGUCUCUCCACGCUUCUCAACUCCGCUCUCCUCAGCAACGACAACCUCUCCUUCACCAUCCAAAUCCUUCCCGUCUCUCUCUCUUCGCUCUCUCUCCAGACCCAAUUUCUCCUCGCCGCUCGCUGCAACAACAUUUCCCUUCUCAACCAAUACCUCACCGCGGGCUGCGAUAUCAACUGCACCUCCGACUUCUUCUCCCAGGUCGACGGCGAUUAUCUGGACGGCGCCACCGCGCUGAUCAUCGCCGCAACGCACCACGCUAACGAACUCGUGAAUCACCUGCUGCAGAACGGGGCGGACGUGACGCUAACCAAUCGCAAUGGGGACAGUGCGCUUCAUCGCGCGUGCUGGAGCGGCGAUCUGGAGAUUUUGCAGAAACUGGUGGAGUAUGGGGCGCUGAUCGACGCGCCGAACUACAACGGAUUGACGCCCUCGAAAGGGGACGUGGGUAACGAUGCAGUGAUGGUGGCGGCGUUGGCGGGAUACCCGAAGAUCGUGGAGUUUUUUCUGAAGCAGAGGGCGAACGUGAAUCAGCAGGAGUGCGUGUGGAUCCAUCGAAUGAAUCGUAGCUAUGAGGGAAACACGGCGGCUCAUUUCGCGGCGAGUCAGAAUCGGAAGGACAUUCUGCGGCUUCUGAUGCGCUAUGACGCUUCCUUCUGUCUCACCAAUCUCGAGAAACGCACAGCGAUCGACUACUGCACCGACCCGCCCGCCAUUUAUUCGAUUCUCACUGGGUAA